AUGACCAGGCAAGUCCUCAAUCUCUCUGACCAUUUACUCCACAAACUCCUCAGCUUCUUAAACCCCUCAUCCUCCUUAUCACAGGCCCACCAAGCCCACGCCCAGAUCCUCAAGACAGGUCUCUCCAAUCACACCAAUCUCACCACCAAGCUCCUCUCCCUCUACGCCAACAGCCUCUGCUUCGUCGAAGCCAAACUCGUCCUCCACUCUAUUCCACACCCCAACCUGUUCUCCUUCUCCACUCUCAUCCACGCUUUCGCCAAGCUCAACAGCUUCGGCAAUGCGCUUUCCUUGUUCUCCCAAAUGCUAUCUCGGGGCCUCGCCCCGGAUAGCUUCCUCUUCCCCAGUGUCGUCAAGGCCUGCGCCGGACUGCAAUCUUCGCAGUCCGCGAGACAGGUCCAUGCGAUCUCGUUUUCUUCGGGUUUCGCUUUGGAUUCGUUUGUGCAAUCCUCUCUGGUUCACAUGUAUAUUAAAUGUGACCGGAUUGGCGAUGCACGCAAGGUGUUUGAUAGAGUGCCUGAGAGAGAUGUGAUUAUUUACAGCGCUUUGAUUUCGGGGUAUUCUCGCCGCGGGUGCGUGGAUGAGGCGAUGAGGCUUUUGGGUGAGAUGAGGGGUUUGGGGUUUGUGCCGAAUGUGGUGUUGUGGAAUGGGAUGAUUGCCGGGUUUAGUCAAAGCAAGUUGUAUGCUAGUACGGUUGGGGUGUUUCAGAAGAUGCACUCGCAAGGGUUUGAACCCGAUGGGUCUAGUAUUUCUAGUGUUCUUCCUGCUGUAGGGGAGUUGGAAGAUUUAGACAUUGGGGUUCAGAUUCAUGGACAAGUGAUCAAGCGGGGGCUAAAAUCGGACAAGUGUGUUGUUAGUGCACUUGUCGAUAUGUAUGGGAAGUGUGCUUGCACGUUAGAGAUGUCUCGAGUUGUUGGUGAAAUGGAUGAAUUAGAUGUUGGUGCUUGCAAUGCUUUGGUGACAGGGCUUGCCCGAAAUGGUCUUGUGGACAAUGCACUUGAGGUGUUCAUGCAAUUUAAGGGCCAAGGAGUGGAACUCAAUACUGUGUCUUGGACCUCCAUAAUUGCUAGUUGUUCCCAAAAUGGGAAGGAUAUGGAGGCUUUGGAGCUUUUUAGAGAGAUGCAGAUAGAGGGUGUGGAGCCAAACUCUAUGACUAUCUCUUGCUUGCUUCCUGCUUGUGGCAAUAUUGCAGCCUUAACGCAUGGGAAGGCAGCCCAUUGUUUCGCUUUCAGAAGGGGGAUGCUUAGUGAUGUGUAUGUGGGCAGUGCGUUGAUUGAUAUGUAUGCAAAAUGCGGGAAAAUCCAAUUAUCUCGGCUUUGUUUUGAUAAAAUGCCAACUAGGAAUUUAGUUUGCUGGAACGCAGUUAUGAGCGGAUAUGCAAUGCAUGGAAAAGCCAAGGAAACUAUGGAGAUUUUUCAUAUGAUGCAGAGGAGUGGACUGAAGCCCGAUAUAAUCAGCUUCACCUGUGUAUUGUCUGCAUGUAGCCAGAACGGUCUAACAGAAGAAGGAUGGUAUUAUUUUAACAGCAUGUCAAAAGAACACGGUAUAGAGGCUCGAAUAGAACAUUAUGCUUGCAUGGUCACACUACUCGGUCGUGCUGGAAAACUUGAUGAGGCUUAUUCCAUGAUCAAGAAAAUGCCAUUUGAGCCAGAUGCUUGUGUUUGGGGAGCUUUACUGAGCUCUUGUAGAGUUCACAACAAUGUGACUUUAGGGGAGUCUACUGCAAAGAAGCUCUUCAAUUUAGAACCGGGAAAUCCCGGGAACUACAUUCUUUUGUCCAAUAUCUAUGCUUCAAAAGGCAUGUGGACUGAAGUAGAUAGAGUGAGAGACACAAUGAAGAGUCUGGGCUUGAGGAAGAACCCUGGCUGCAGUUGGAUUGAAUUCAAGAACAACGUUCACAUGCUUCUUGCAGGAGACAAAACACAUCCUCAAAUGAACAAAAUUACGGAAAAGUUGAAUACAUUGAGCUCGGAGAUGAAGAAAUCAGGAUACUUACCCAGUACUCAUUUUGUAUUGCAAGAUGUGGAGGAACAAGAAAAGGAGCAGAUUUUGUGUGGUCACAGUGAGAAAUUGGCAGUAGUGUUGGGGCUUCUGAACACUCCUCCAGGGUCUUCCCUUAGGGUGAUUAAGAACCUCCGGAUCUGUGGUGAUUGUCAUUCUGUUAUCAAAUUCAUAUCCAGCUUGGAAGGAAGAGAGAUUUCAGUCAGAGACACCAAUCGCUUUCAUCAUUUUAAAGAUGGAGUUUGUUCUUGUGGGGAUUACUGGUGAAAUAAGGGCUUACUCUUCAAGAAGGAAAGUGUUCCUUCAAGUAAGGUUCUGACUUGGGAUGAUCAAUAUCUCCACCUACUCGAGAGAAAAGCUUUACUGGUGUUGAUGAUCAUAUAGUCU